CCUAAGUGAAAAAAUAAUAGAGUUGACCAAAACCAAUCACAAUCAUGACGACCCUGGACACCUCCACCUUGACGCUCACCGCCUUUCCUCCUCCAAGCUCCAGCUCCAUCCCCGAGGGUGAAGAGGAGAAUGUGAUUUUCGACGCCGCCGCCGACGCUGCUGCCGCUGACGAUGCUUCCUCCGACGCCGCCGCCGCCGCCGCCACCCCCUCCUCCACCGCAAGUGACACCGUACGCCCCUCGGUCGCCGCCGACGCAGUCCUGAAACAGUCCGCCCCGGUCCCUGACGACUGGAAGGAAGUAGGCGGUAUCGAGUUCAACGACUACAAAGGACGGGAUGUCACAGUCCCUGAGCUACUGGCGUCGAUGGAGCGCAUCGGUUUCCAGGGCUCGAACCUCUCGCGGGCGGCAGAGGUAAUAGACCACAUGCGAUCCUGGCGCGGCGAAGAAGGGGAGAAGGCUACCAUCUUCCUCGGCUACACAUCGAACCUCAUCUCCUCUGGCCUACGGGAGACCCUCCGCUUCCUCGUCGAACACAAGCACGUCUCGGCAAUUGUCACGACGGCCGGGGGGAUAGAGGAGGAUUUCAUUAAGUGUCUUGCACCGACGUACCUAGGGUCAUUCUCGCUCGACGGGGCCACGCUCCGCCAAAAGGGAAUGAACCGCAUUGGCAAUCUCCUCGUGCCAAACAGCAACUACUGCGCUUUUGAGGACUGGAUCGUCCCCAUUUUCGACACGAUGCUGAAGGAGCAGGAGGAGGAGGGUGUGUUUUGGACUCCGUCGACGAUUAUCCACCGGCUAGGAAAAGAGAUCAACGAUGAGCGCAGCGUCUACUACUGGGCAUGGAAGAACAAUAUCCCCGUAUUUUGUCCCGCGCUCACAGAUGGGAGUAUUGGCGAUAUGAUGUAUUUCCACACAUUUAAGUCCUCGCCGGCCCAGCUACGGUGUGAUAUCAUCGCGGACAUCAGAAAAAUCAACACCAUGGCUGUUCGGGCGCCGAAGUCGGGUGCGGUGAUUCUCGGUGGUGGUUUGGUCAAACAUCAUAUCGCCAAUGCGAAUCUGAUCAGGAAUGGCGCGGAUUGGGCGGUGUUUGUGAAUACGGCCUCGGAAUUUGAUGGGAGUGAUGCCGGAGCCAGGCCAGAUGAGGCGGUUAGUUGGGGCAAGAUCAAGGCGGAUGCGGAGAGUGUUAAGGUUACGUGCGAGGCGACUAUUGCGUUUCCGAUGUUGGUCGCGGCGACUUGGGGAAGUGGUGGGAAAGGGAUGCCGAAGAAGUGAGCUGACGGUGGGGGAUGUGUUUACAUUGCUUGGUGUUUGGCUCGGAGUUCAGGUUAGAUGGAUGGGAAAAUUGCUUUUACAGAUCAGUUGUGCACGGCGGCUUGAAAAGUUUGAAGAUGGAAUGAAUAAGCUUGUGUGGUGUUCCAAUUGGUGCGUACUGCUUACUGGGUGAUACCGCGUGAAUAUCUGCAGAAC